AUGGCAGAGGAUCCCAAUACAGCCGUUACGAAGGAAUGUAAGUUGAAAUUGAAGAGUUCAGAUGACAAGAUAUUUGAGGUAGACUGUGCCGUGGCCGAGCAAUCGAAGUUCUUAAAGAACAUCCUGGAGGACAUAGGAACGGAGAAAGCCGUUCCUUUGCCGAAUGUUUCCAGCGAAAUUCUGGCGAAGGUGAUCGAGUACUGCGAAUAUCAUGUCAAUGCCGCCAACACCAUCUCGGAGUUGGAUGUGAAGAAGUGGGAUCAGGAGUUAGUGAGGCAAAUGGAUUAUGCAACCCUUUUUCAUCUCCUCAAAGCUGCCAAGUACCUGGAUGUAUACAAUUUUCUGGACUUAGUGUGCCAAACUAUAGCAGACAGGAUUAAGUGGAAAAGCCCAGAAGCGAUGAGAAAGAUAUUUAAUAUAGAAAAUGACUUCACUCCUGAAGAGGAGGCAGAAGUCAGGCGUGACGUUCAAUGGGCGUUUGAGUAA